AAUUGUUCUUCCCUCGGCUUCAUUUUGCAGUUUUCACUUAUCUCCUCGCUUUCUCUGAUUUCUUCCAAUCCGCUUUGUAUGCUUUUCUGCUUUAAUUUGUUUUUUCGAGUGGAAAAAAGGGGAUUCAAAAUUCCUCUUGACGGAUUCCUAAACCUGCUACUUCGAAGCUUUAAUCAGGUCAGAUGAAUCAAGAGAUAAAACAAUUACCAGAAGAAAAUGAUUGUGAGGGAAAGCGAAAUGGUGCUAUACAUCCCAGGAAGCCAUUGCUGAGGCAAUUUGACAUUGAAGAUGACAUUAACAAACUCUUUGAAGCAAUAGACAUUAGAAAUUCUUGGCGAAGUGUUCAAUUUAGAGACAGAAGUGCCAUGAAAAAACCGAUGAGAUUUAGUCCUUUCAGCACAGGAAUUUCUGAACCAGUGAGCCUCAAACAGGCUCUGAGAGGAUUGUGCAUCUCCCAAGCAUCCGAGUUUGCCGCAAUGAAGAAGAGAAUGUCAAGGCCAUCAGGGGUUCAGCAAGAAGGUGCUAUCAAGAAGUUGUAUGGCUGUGGCAAUGGACGAUCACAUCAAGCUGAGUCGAGUUUGGUGAAGAUAUUCUUGCUACCUGAAAGAAACCUGGAUCAAAAGCCGAAGGUGGAGACCUCGAAAAGUAGUAGUAAAGUGAGCAGCAAUGAAGAAAGUUGUCUGAGUGUCCAUGGUAGAGCACCCCAAAUUUCAAAAGACUUGAGAUGUGAAGCCAUAGACGGAGUUGGGAAGGAGAAGGGGAGCUGCUUAAGCUUAAACUGGAGAGACCUGAAGUUGUUGAGGAGGCAGAGAUUUUGCAGUGGUCUUAAGCUUAACAAGAUGGAAGGUCCUAGAACUUUCUAGAAUCGGAAUAUAGUCGGGAGUCACCGACACUGCCGGAGAUGGUAGCUGUUCCAGAUGAAGUAGAAGAAGCUGGAAGGUUCCAGAACAUUCUAGAAUCGGAAUAAUAUUAGGAAUUUUGUUCCUCGCCUGCGCAUAAUGGUACGUCUAUGCCGCCUCUAGCGAUUGUACAAUAUCUGAUGACCUUUUAGGGUAGUGCAAUUUUGUGUGGUCAAUAAAGAAGCUGGAGGGUUCUAUUCUAUUUUGCCUUGUAAAUGUAAUCCAUGGCAGCUCAGUUGCGAGUUUCUUCGUUGCUACCAAAAGAGGUGAAAAGGAAAAACCGUGAUUUGAGUGCAGACGGAAAAUGAGAGCUUUGUGCGUCAGUGUACACUCGAUUCCUGCCGUCCGGAAAUUACCAUAUUGCCCCCCGCUUCGUCUUCUCCCCUUCAAAACCCUGCGUCUCGACGGUUCGGCAAAUAGGCGUAGGAAAUCCUCGAGGAUAGGGGCGGUUUCGAUGGCUUCGUCGGCGGCGAUCGACUCCGAUAGCGGCGCAAGGAGUACGAAGCCGUUCUCUGUUCUAUUUGUUUGCCUCGGGAACAUCUGUAGAAGUCCGGCUGCCGAGGGCGUCUUCAGGCACCUCGUGAAGCAGCGGAGUCUGGAGUCGGAAUUCUAUAUUGAUUCUGCAGGCACCAUCAAUUACCACGAGGGUAAUCAAGCGGAUCCGAGAAUGAGAGCAACUUCCAGAAACCGAGGGAUUGAGAUAACUUCGAUCUCGAGGCCGAUUAGACCUUCCGACUUUAGGGAUUUUGACCUGAUUCUCGCCAUGGACAAGCAGAACAGAGAGGACAUACUUGGGUCGUAUGAGAGGUGGAGGCAUAAGGAAGCUUUACCUGCUGAUGCUGCCAAUAAGGUUCAGUUGAUGUGUUCUUACUGCCGGAAGCACAAGGAAACAGAAGUACCUGACCCAUAUUAUGGUGGACAGAAGGGUUUUGAGAAGGUUCUGGAUUUACUAGAAGAUGCUUGUGAAUCACUUUUGGAAAGCAUUGCUGACAAAACCACCUCUGGUAAGCCUAGCCUACCCUCAUAAACAUCAUAUAUUUAUUAUUAUAUCCAUCUCCACCGGUUUCUCUUCUCGUUUCUGUUGUUUUUACUUAAUGCAAGCUUGUUUGUGUACAAUUAUAUCGUGAAUAAAACUAGAAUAGAAUAUAACUUGCUGAA